AUGGCGGCUGAGCAACAGCGAGUGGGUUGUCCUGGCGACGAGUCUGUUAGUGGUCUCCAACUCAAAGACGUUCCUCUGACCACCGGCUCUGGUACCAUACUUUGUGACGUCUCAACUCCCUUUCAUCGCCCUUUUGUGCCCGCCUCGAUGCGUCGAGCUGUAUUUCAAACUCUACAUGGACUCUCCCACCCUGGGAUCCGAGCCUCUCAAAAGCUCCUCGAGGAAAGGUUUGUCUGGCCUGGCAUGAACAAGGACGUCAAAGCUUGGGCCCGGUCGUGUCUGAGCUGCCAGCGCAACAAGGUGCAGCGUCACAACAAGUCCUCACCAGGCACUUUCCCCAGUCCCGACGCACGGUUCAGCCAUGUGCAUCUGGAUGUCGUAGGCCCCUUGCCUCCAUCCAAUGGUUUCACCUACCUCCUUACCUGUGUCGAUCGAUAUACUCGCUGUGCUGAAGCCAUUCCUUUGCCGAAUGUUCAGGCUGAAACCAUCGUGAAGGCCUUCGUCAGUCGUUGGGUCGCCAUGUUCGGUGCCCCAUUCACGGUUACGACUGAUCGUGGUGCCAAGUUUGAGUCGGCACUCUUCCAAACGCUACUCAAUUUUCUUGGCUGCACACGCAUUCGGACGACAGCCUACCACCCAGCUGCCAACGGUAUGGUUGAACGUUUCCAUCGUCAGCUAAAGACCGCCCUGCGUGCCGUCGAAGACCCAGGAAACUGGUCGGACAACCUUCCUCUUGCACUCCUCGGCAUCCGCGCAGCUCUGAAGUCGGAUCUGGGCUGUAGCGCAGCCGAAUUGGUUUUCGGCACUACGCUCCGACUGCCAGGCGAGAUGAUCACCCCAACCUCUCGUGGAGCCGACGAGACUCCUGACAAUCUUGUGCACCGUUUGCGGCAAUUCAUGUGCUCGCUUUCCCCGGUUCCACCUCAAACUCCUAUGACUGAGUCUUAUGUCGAAAAAGACUUGGACAACUGUACUCAUGUGUUCGUCCGGUGUGACCGUGUGCGCCAGCCGCUGGAAUCACCUUACGAAGGACCGUUCCGUGUGCUCGCGCGCAACGCCAAAACCUUCCGGAUUCUUCGCAGUGACAAGGAGGACGUGGUCAGUGUCGAUCGCGUCAAGGCUGCUGUUGCAGAGGAUCCGCCGGACCGGUCACAAGGACAAACAUGUGCUGACCCCCUAACCCCUGUUCCUCCAUCUUCCCUAUCCCCUACUCGUUCAGCCUGCCCACUGCCUUGCCCUUCCCCUCCCUUGCCCUCCACCCCUCCGUCCCGCAUACUUCCUCUCCCUACAUGUCAACAGCAUCCAACUGCAACACCAUCGUCCACCACAGCACGCAGUCAACCCUCUUCGACUGUACCUCCUGCAUACAUAACUCGCAGUGGCCGUCACGUUCAUUGUCCCGAUCGUUUAGUUACCCAUUUUUUCUAG